UUUUUGUUUUUAUUUCCAUUGGGUUGACUUGACCAAUCGUCACCACCACAAAGCAUAUCUAAUUAACAUCUCCAGGAGUACAUUCAUCGAUUGUGCUCUCUCUCUCUCUCUCUCUCUCUCUCUCUCUCUCUCGCUCAGGUGCUGGCCGUCAAAGGGUCCUCGAAGAUUGAGCAGAUGAAGCUGAUGUUCUGUGGAUGUUGGAGGAGGGGAAAGAUAGGAGGAGGUGGUGGUGGCAGCGAACAGCAGCAGCAGUCGUCAUCGCAGCCGUCACCGUGGAACCUAUUCAUCGACCUGAAAACGUUGGAAGUCGCCACCGAUGACUUCUCCGAAUCCAAUCUUCUCGGCCAAGGCGGCUUCGGCCCCGUUUACAAGGGGGUGUUGGAAAACGGGCAAGAGAUUGCAGUGAAAAAGCUCUCACUGAACUCUCGGCAGGGGGUGCGGGAGUUCACCAACGAGGUGAAGCUGCUGCUCAAAGUCCAACACCGCAACCUCGUGUCGCUCCUUGGCUGCUGCAUCACCUCCGAUCAGAAGAUGCUCGUCUACCCCUACUUCCCCAACCGAAGCCUCGACCACUUCCUUUUUGGGAACAGCUCCGCGGCAACAUUGGAUUGGUCAAAGCGUUUUGAGAUCAUUGGGGGAGUGGCGAAGGGCCUCGUGUAUCUUCACGAAGAAUCUCCUGUGAAGAUCAUUCACAGGGACAUUAAAGCCAGUAACAUUUUGCUUGACGACCAACUAAACCCAAAGAUAGCUGACUUCGGCUUGGCAAGACUCUUCCAGGGGGAUGAUACCCACGUCAACACGUUCAAAAUUUCUGGUACCUACGGCUAUAUGGCCCCAGAGUACGCAAUGAACGGCUAUUUAUCAGCAAAGGCAGAUGUCUUCAGCUUCGGGGUAUUGGUGUUGGAGAUUGUGAGCGGCAGGAAAAAUCUCGACAAGCGAUUGGAUGAAGAAAAGUCCGACCUAUUGAGCUACGCAUGGAAGGUGUUUCAGGAGGGAAAAGCACUGGAGAUCAUGGAUCCUACCAUCCCUUCCGGGAACGGCGACGAAGCUGCACAGUGCAUCCAAAUAGCACUGUUGUGCUGCCAAGCCGUGCUUUCUGAUCGACCCGACAUGUACACCGUCCAUCUCAUGCUUUCGAGCGAUUCCUUCUCGUUGCCGAAGCCAGGACGGCCUGGGACUCGCGGAAGAGUAGGGCGAUGGACCUCGACGCCCAACUCGACUCUGACCAAGGCCAGCACAAGCAGUGGUGGGUACACCGCUUCUGACACCACAAAAGCUUCCACCCUGUACAGUGUAGCGGAAGACCACUCCCGGAACUCGAUCUCGGUAUCUUUUACCACAGAGGGUCGGUGACAGGAAGAUGCUCACGCAAGUUCCAGUCUUGCAAUGUAGGUGGUCUUCGAAGAAGAAACAUAUGUUAGCAGUGGCCAACGUUGCAGAGAGGAGGAGGAGGCUUCUCUUUCGUCUCAUGAUCCUCUGUAGCAUAUGGGUGUUCUUCAAGCCUCAGGACGGAGGACUGGCGGUUCCCGUAUUACACAGGGAGAACAUGAUCACCACAAGGAGGAGGUUGGACUCGCCGGGAAUUGACAACCUCAUCGACGAGAGCAAGCGGCGAGCACCCAGCUCGCCUGAUCCCCUCCACAAUCGGUAGCUUCUCCAUUUCCCUCGCUCGGUCUUUGCAUCACUCAAUAUGCAAAAGUUUUCAUAGCUGAAGGCCUCUCCUUUCCCCCCUCCCUUUCCUACUUUAAUUGCUGAAUGUGAUUGAUGAUGAAGCGGAUGUCAGGAUCAUGGAAGAAGUAAUCGAGGACCCUUAAAUUGUUGAUGAGAUCUCUUUUGUUUUAUUUUUGAUGCAUUUUUCUCUGUUUGCGUGGGCUGAUUAAUCA